AUCCUAAUUUAAAGUUCAUGAAUUUGUAAAUGAGCCUUAUCAUAUUUGUAAUCGAAACUUCCAAGAUGAAAUCCCAAAUUCUAAUUGUUGGGAUAUACGCUUGGGAAUUGGUCAUGUACUUGGAUUAUAUUUGGAGAAAGAACUUAUCAAAAUCUAGAUUUUUUUUUCUUGCAUUUGCCUGAAAUACUCCUCAAGCACAUGAAAACCAUAGAAGUUUUUGGACAAAAAGGGUUUCAUUAAAACUUUUUUUUGCCGCACCCAAUAAAGGAAAAUGAAAAAAACUGAAUAUUUAUGUUUGGAACAAAUAAAAGAUGAGUUCAUUGUAUGUUUCCAAAUAUACUUAUAUCCAGUUAGUUUAUUUCUGGUUGGAAAUUCAACAGGAAACUUUCUUCUCUUACCGUAUUUCAGAAAAUUAAUUUUGAUAAUUAUAGAAUACAGUUCCAGAGCUAAUUACUGUAAGCAUGUGAAAAAUGUAAAAAUGCAGGGGACGAGUGAAAAACAAAAGCUGCAUACCAUAGAAGAAAGAGGCAUGAAUAAGGAAGCAAGUGAUUUUCCAUCUCUGGCUCAGCUCUGAAUUUUUGUGCAAUUCAGCCGUUUUCAGCUUUUGGUUUGGCAUUCACAAGAAAGGCACACAAAUACUGAGAGUUGAGUUCCAUGGCGUUUGAAACAAUACAUAUUCUGAUAACCAAACUAGAAUUGGUUGCAAGUCAUGAACCUAACUUUCCGGGUUUGAAAACCGAUGUCAUCAAUAACAGAAUUAAAGAGCUAAAACGUUUGCGGGAAAUCAUUGAAACUUCAAAUAAAACAAUUGAUGAUGAGUGGGACAACCUUCUGAAAGAUACUUUUUCUUUGGAGGAUGAUAUUGAGGUCCUUUUGGGCAGAACGGUGCUGCAGAGUCACAAAGUCUGGAGAAAGAGGCGUACUUCCAGCAGCUUCUCGAGUGACGGGUCUUUAAGUAACAAGAUUGAGCAACUGACAAAGGGAAUAAGGUCUUACAGCAAAAAAAUUCAAUCAAGUCCAUUAAGUGACUCUGGAGUUCCAGCAGUAGUUUUGAAUCCGCCAGCAAAGCCAUCUACUGACUUGGAAGAUCUGCAAGUCUCAACUGACAAUGAGACUGUUUCAUCAAUUGCAUCUACGAUUGUUCUCACAGAUCUUGAAAAGAAUUUAAGUCAACAAGUACUCAGCCGGCUUACUUUGCAAUAUCUCCUUUUAACAGUUAAUGGGGCAUACCUUGGUAAGGCGAUUCUUCUGUGGAGAGUCUACAAUGCAGAUGAUAUCAAAAGGCAUUUCCAGUGUCGAGCUUGGAUUCGUGUCUCUGAAGAGAUUGGACAAAGAGAGAUAUCACUUACCAUUCUAAAACAGGUUACUGAUGGCCAAGAGGAAGAGCAGCUACCCCUUCAGUCACCGCAGCGGACCCUCCAUGAUUUCUUAUUUUCAAAGAGGUAUUUGAUAGUUUUAUAUGGUGUCCAAACAGCUGAGUUUUGGAACAACAUCAAAGCAGCCUUCCCAUACUCAUUGAAUGGUAGCAAGGUGAUCACUGUUGUUCAGAAUGAAAAUGUUGCAAGGAAAAUUAAUUCAUGGAUAGGAGGGAGACACUAUUUCCCCAACUUAAAAAAGCUGAAGGGGCAAUUAAUAGAUGGAUUGCCUCAAUCUUCAACUUAUUUGGAGGAGGAACGUGGUAUGACUGGUGUGAAGGCUGCAAUUGACAAGUUGACACAAUCGAUUCUGAAUCCGCUCAUUUUGCUUUUCCUCAUUUCAAUCAAGGGUACAGUAGGUUCUGGCAGGAGAACCUUGUUAUGGCCAAUCUACAAUGCAAAAGACAUUAAACAGCGCUUUCAAUGCCGUGCUUGGGUUCAUGUUCCUCAGGAGUAUCACGAAAUAGACAUUCUGACUGACAUAUUUGAGCAAGUCACAAGUGUCAAGUUGAAAGAAAGGCUGACUGUGGAGUUACUACGAAAAAGGCUUCACAAUUUCUUAGCUCAAAAGAGGUACCUUGUGGUUUUAUGUGACGUAUGGAUGAGUAAAAUUUGGUGCAGUUUCCAAAUUUCCCUUCCAAAUUCGUUGAAUGGUAGCCGGGUAAUUUUUACUCUAAGUGAAGGUGAAGCUAACUCUGGAAUAAUGAGAAAGUUUCCACACUUAGAAGAUGUGCUAAAAGAUUUUUCAGAUCAAACAGUUGUAGAGAACUGCAAUAAGCUUUCUGAUGGUAAGGAUGAAAAGUCAAGCAUUGUUGGUUUGGCUGAUAAAAGAAGGGAAUUAGCAGAACUAACACUCAACAGCUACAAGUUGCAUUUUCUAAUUUCAGUGUUAGGGGUGGCAGGCUCAGGCAAAACAGCCCUUGUCUGGACGAUUUAUGACAGUGUAGCAAGUAAGAGGCACUUUGAAUGUCGAGCUUGGGUUAAUGUUCCCCUGAAGUUGGAUGAAUUCAAUGAGAGACAGCUAUUAAUUGACUUACUGGGACAGCUUAGAAAUGCCAAGCAAAAAGAGAGCUUGACUCUUGAGAAGUUGAGGGAAAGGCUUCAGCUUUUCUUAACCUGGAAGAGAUUCUUGAUAGUUUUGGAUGAUGUCCCUACACCAGAUGUUUGGGAGAGACUUAAUCAUGUCUUUCCCAAUUUAUCAAAUGGCAGCAGGGUGAUAAUCACUACUCGUAAUGCAUAUCUAGCAUACCAUAUCAACCCAGAGACUGUAGUUCUGCAACUACGGCCCUUAACUGAUGAUGAAAGCUGGGAAUUGUUCUUGAACAAAGUAAAGAAUAUGCAGGGAGAUAUUAACCUAAAGGAGAAGAUCUUGCAAAUAUGCCAUGGCCUACCUCUUCGAAUUGUCCUGCUUGGAGGUUUGUUAUCUAGGAAGGAUAAUUAUGUUGAAUGGACAAGUGUGAUCAAUCAUCCCAUUCCUAAAUUGGAAAAGAAAAAGAAGGUAAGAACUGAAGAUCAAAUGAACCCAUCUGGCAAAUCAGCUUCCUUAUAUACCAAGCAAAAACAUGAGAAGAAAGCAAUAAUGAUAGAUCCUAAAACAGCUACUACAGAUGGCAAAGAUUUUCCAAAUCAGUCCAAGCAAAAAGAAGAAAAGAGGACUUUGCAGAAGGAGGCAACUUCUGUCGGUGAUCUCUCAAACUCAGAUAUUGUGGCUUUAGCCUACCAGGAUUUAGCUCCAGCUUUGGGAUGCUGUCUUCUUUACUUGGGUCUUUUUCCCAAGUCGUAUGAGAUUCCUCUUAGAAGGUUGUAUCAACUUUGGCUUGCUGAGGGGUUUGUGACAGCAACAGACCAAGUGAAAACUCCUCCUGAAAAGCUAGUGGAAGAAUAUUUUGAAGAACUCAAGUGUAGAAACAUGAUUGAGGUUACAAAACACAAGUUAGAUGGAAGGCCCAAGGCCUGUCGUGUGCCAAAUACCAUAUACAAUGAUCUGUUUCUAGAUACAGAGAAAGUUGGGUUUUUUCACUUCUCCAACAGUUCAGGUAUAUGUGGAUCACCGUGGUUUAACAUCCGACGGCUUUCAGAAGACUCAGAUAUUUCCUCCCACUCCAAACACUUAGAAACCCGAGUUCAACGACUGCGUUCUUAUAUUUCUUUCUAUGGAAAAAGAAGAGAUGCACCUACAUAUGGAGUAAAUGAGCUUCUUAGCAAGGUUGUUGAUAAAGGCUUUGGAAUGCUUGUAGUGCUUGAUCUAGAAGGUGUUUACAAACCAGUGCUUUCUGAUACACUGGGCAAACUACCAUAUCUAAAGUAUUUGGGGUUGAGGCGAACACUUUUGGAUGAUGUCCCACAGUCAGUUGGUGACCUGCAUCACCUGGAGACUUUAGACAUAAAGCACACUUUCAUAACCAAGUUGCCUAGUACCAUCUGGAAGGCAAAGAAACUUCAGCAUUUAUAUAUGAGUGAUAUUGAUGUUGAUUUGUCCUCUCUAAAGCCAUUUUCUAGUGGUUCAUUGAACAAUCUUAAGAUUUUGUGUGGGUUGGUGAUUAAAAAUGCGAGUCCCAAGAGAAACUGGAUGAAGAGUUUGGUUGAUCUGAGGAAAUUGAAGUUAACAUGCAAUGAAGCAUCACAUGAAGUCAUAGGUCCCUGGAUCACUCUUAUGGAAAAGCUUCAAUCCUUGAAAUUGAGAUUAAUAGAUAAAUUCAAUAAACCUUUAGACCUCAUAGUAGAGGACCUGCAGAAAUGGCAUCAGAUGGGACUAUCACAACUUUAUUUGCUUGGAAAACUUCCAAAGCAAAUUGGUUUUCCCGAGAAUCUUGAAAUACUGACACUGUCAAUGACACAUCUGUCAGAAGACCCAAUGAAAAAGCUUGGGGAGCUGAAGCGGUUGAAGGUCCUUAGGCUUUAUGCUCAAUCCUUCUUGGGGACAAAGAUGACUUGUGAUCCACCAGGAUUUCCUCAACUUAGGGUCUUAAAGUUGUGGAUGUUAUAUAAACUGAAAUGCUGGACUGUGAAGGAACGAGCCAUGCCGAAGUUAAGAGAAGUAGAGAUCAGAAGCUGCAAAAAUCUUAAAAAGCCUGAUGGGUUGGAAAAUCUGGCAGCCUUGGAGGAACUGGCCCUCACAAAUAUGAAAGAAGACUUUAUAGCAGAUGUAGAAAGAAGCAUGGAUAGCAAAGUAACAAUCAUGAAAAACUUCUACUUUUCUCCUGGAUGGGAACAAUAAAUAUUGUAGGAGAGACAAUUGGUUCAGGUUGCAACGCAGUCUUUCCAAGUGAUACAUAGUUUAUGGCAUCUUCCUGAGAUAACGGCUUGUCUUGUUUCUUCCAAAUUGUAGUCCAACCCCUCAGCAACAAUAACUCUUGUUGUACUAAAAUUAUUUCUAUUGUUCUCUCUUAAAAGACCUUUUUCACCACCCAUUUACAGAUAUACGUUUGACUUGA